AUGAAUGAGAACAGCAUCGAUAGCCAAUUACGUGGCUCUCCAUCUAAGAAUGUAUUUAAGAGACUCAGCACAUCGCCGAUCAAGAAGAUACCCAUGAACACAAACAAAAAGAAUGCAAUGAGACUUUCGCCAGAGCGGCCACUACGCAAUUGGGAGCAGACCACUGGCUAUCAUGCCACUCCAAAAAGACUUCAGUCACCACCUCAUCUGAAAGAGUUCAAAUCGCCCGCUGGAACGGUAAGCGUAGAUCGCGUACAUUUCAAAAAUGAUCCAAAGGAUAAGUCUAUACAGCUUUCUUUCCCCACGUCCCCCGUAAGAACGACAUAUAGCAAUUUCGCGGCACCUGGUGGUGAUGGUUCGCUGAGCAGAAUUCGAACUAGGUUUGGUGGGGGUCAACGGUCACCCCACAAAACACCAAAUGCAAUACUAAAUGCACUUCCGAGAUCGGUCACAUCUGCUCGAAAUCUUUUGCCUGAGCUCCAAGAACAAGAUGAAACCAACAGAACUAGCUCUAUCAAUAAUCACAGUGUUAUUAUACAGAAGUCGGCCAUGCCUAAGGACUCAGUGAGUGAUGGCUUCAGGAUCAAAAAACCUAGAAAUUUUAAUCGGAAAAAAAGCGUCAAGUUUGAGACCGACUUGGAUGCAAGUAACGACGUCCAAGAGCAACUAUCUAGAAUAACAGCUAUGUUGACCCAACUUAUGGAGCGACAAGACCGGCUUGAGGCAAAGUUGAGUUCGAUAGAUCGCGGGUAA